UACAAUUGCUCAUCGGGCACAGGAAAAUAUUCCAUGAAAUUGCUCAUUUGUCAUUUUGUUUCUGAUUGGUUGUACAGGUGUCAAGCUUUGUUCUUAUACUGAAAUGAAGAAGAAUCUCUGUGGGUGGUUGAGCACACCCCUUUCUAAAUUCUUCCUUCUUCUUCAUGUUUUCUAUGGCAAAAGUCUCGGUUCUUCAUCUUUCUGGAAACUAUCAAAACCACAACAAAAUCAAAUUAAGCUGGAUUGAGGUUUAAUUAAACAAGCGUGCAUAAUUCAUCAUUUGACUAUUAAUUGUUGAAAAAUGGUGUGAAGAAUGAGUCAAUUCAGAUGGUCCAGGUCUAUAAUCACCGCUCCACCACAACUAAAUCGUGUUGAAAAGUCAGAGUAAGGAGAAGGAGGAGAAAUAUAUUCAUGGCUUUUCCUGCACACUCAAAGGACAACAAGAAAGUAAGUCAUGGGGAAAACAACGAUCGGCUUAGUUUUAUUAGCUCUAAUUCUACUAUCUUGUUUUUGCUUUCAAUUUGGCACUGCUUUAGACACUAUCACACCAUCCAAUUCCAUCAAAGAUCCUGAAGUCAUACUCUCCAAGAAUGGAGUUUUUCGCUUGGGAUUCUUCAACUUUUCUGAUUCUACCGAUCGCUAUGUAGGGAUAUCGUACAAUCAAAUACCUGUUCAGACUGUGGUAUGGGUAGCAAAUAGAAACCAGCCUCUCAAGGACUCCUCUGGGAUUGUGAAGAUAUCCGAUGAUGGCAACCUUGUUGUUUUGAACGGACAGGAUGAGAUUCUUUGGUCAUCAAAUGUUACAAAUCUGGCUUCUAAUACAAGUGCCCUGCUUUUAGACUCUGGAAACCUUGUCCUGAAGAAUAAUGAGGAUGAUAAUGGAGCGAGCAUAUGGGAGAGUUUUCAACAUCCUUCUAACGCCUACACGGCAACCAUGAAGAUUAGCACUGAUCUAAGAACGGGUCAGAAAGUGCAGCUGUCAUCCUGGAAAAGCCCUUCCGAUCCAUCUGACGGUAACUUCUCUUUUGGCCUUGAGCCUGUCAACAUUCCAGAAUUGAUCAUUUGGAACAACAACCAGCCGUAUAUUCGGAGUGGCCCGUGGAACGGUCAGAUCUUCAUUGGAAUGGUAAAUAUGAAUUCUGUAUAUCUUAAUGGAUUUAGCCUUGUUACAGAUGACCAAAAAGAAUCCUUUUAUCUUACUUAUGCUCUUGCUAAUAAGUCUACGUUGCUAUACUAUGAACUUAAUCCUCUGGGAAAAUUAGUAGAACGAUAUUGGGAUGAGGGGAAGGGGGACUGGGGCAACAAUUGGCUAGAAAAUGAUUGUGAUGUUUAUGGAAAGUGUGGAGCAUUUGGAAGCUGUGAUUCAAUGAAACCAAAAAUUUGCAGCUGUUUGAGGGGAUUUGAGCCUAAGAAUAGAGAGGAAUGGAAUAGAGAGAAUUGGACCAGUGGAUGUGUUAGGACUACCCUAUUAGGGUGCCAAAAAGUAAACAAUGGCAGUGAAGUAGGCAAAGAAGAUGGGUUUUUGAAGCUAGAGAUGAUGAAAGUGCCAGCCUUUGCAGAGUGGUCAUCUCCACUUGAAGAAACUUGCGAAGAACAAUGCUUGAGAAACUGUUCAUGUGUGGCUUAUGCAUAUGAUGUUGGCAUUGGUUGUAUGUUAUGGAGCGGAAAUUUAAUUGACAUACAGAAAUUCCCCAGUCGGGGAGUGGAUCUUUACAUUCGACUGGCAUCUUCAGAACUUGGUAAAAAGGAGAAAAGUAAAGUUAUUGUUAUUGUAACCGUGGUCGUGGGUAUAAUCAUCAUUACGAUCUCUACAUUUUUCUUAUGGAGUUGGAUGGCUAAACAUAGAGGAAGGAAACAGAAAGUUGGAGAGAUGUUGCUAUUCAACAAAGGAAAAGCAGUGGGAAAUUUUUCUAGUGACAAUAUGGUUGGAGAAAAUUUAUUUGAAGUUAAACUCCAGCAGCUACCGCUAUUCAAUUUUGAGGAACUAGCAAGUGCAACAAACAAUUUUCAUCUUACAAAAAAGUUAGGACAGGGUGGUUUCGGUCCAGUAUACAGGGGAACAUUGCAAGAUGGAAAGGAAAUAGCUGUGAAGAGAUUGUCAAGAGCCUCUGGCCAGGGGUUAGAAGAAUUUAUGAAUGAGGUGGUGGUGAUUUCUAAACUCCAACAUCGAAAUCUUGUUAGAUUACUUGGCUGUUGUGUUGAAAGAGAAGAGAAGAUGUUAGUCUACGAGUAUAUGCCCAACAAAAGCUUGGAUGCUUUUAUCUUUGAUCAAGUCCAACGACAAUUCUUGAAUUGGGAAAAGCGUUUUAAUAUUAUUGAAGGAAUUAGUCGAGGAUUACUUUAUCUUCAUCGAGACUCAAGAUUGAGGAUUAUUCAUAGAGAUCUGAAAGCAAGUAACAUUUUACUGGAUCAAGAUUUAAAUUCAAAAAUUUCAGAUUUUGGGAUGGCAAGGAUUUUCGGAGGGAACGAAAAUCAUGCCAACACAAAAAGGGUCAUGGGAACUUAUGGUUAUAUGUCUCCCGAGUAUGCAAUGCAAGGGCAAUUUUCAGAGAAGUCCGAUGUAUUCAGCUUUGGAGUUCUAUUACUAGAGAUUGUUAGUGGAAGAAAAAACACAAGCUUUUACGACAAUCAGCAUUCUUUUAGCCUUUUGGGAUAUGCAUGGAAAUUGUGGAAGGAAGACAACAUUUUCGGUUUAGUAGAGAUGGGGGUUUCUGAUCCGAGUUAUGAUGAGAAAGAAAUUUUGAGAUGCAUACAUGUGGGAUUUUUAUGCGUUCAAGAAUCUGCUAAAGAUAGGCCAAUAAUGUCAAGAGUAGUUUCAAUGCUUAAUAGUGAGAUUGUGGAUCUUCCAACUCCAACACAACCCGCUUUCAUUGGAGGACAAAUUAACGAAGAUGCUGAGUCCUUCCCAAAUAAUGAAGAUAGAUUUUCGUUGAAUGAUGUAACUGUUACAGACGUUGUUGGCCGAUGA